GAAAGUGACGUGAACGCUGAUAACGUCUCUGACGGAAAGCCGAGGCUCGGUGUUUAUAGCAUGGGAAGUCUUCGGUAUUUAAACGCGUAGCCGUGUAUAUUUGCGUGUUGACGCGCGUGUGUUUUGUGCCAUAGUGUCGGAAACAGGAGGCAGAACCGGAGCGAAACGCAGCAGUGAGAAAGCGGUGCGAUUUAAAUGCACCUUAAUGUGGGCGUGUAAACCCUGUCCUCCGUGUCGGCGUGUAAACCCUCCCUUUUCGAGGACGAUCAUUUUGCAAUUACAACUGGAUCCGGUGAUAUUAAGCAGUUAAAGGUUACAUCAGUAGGAAUUAUCUAUUUUCUUCCAAACUAGUCUACAAGGAGAAAUUUUUUACACUGUGGACUAUUAGCUGUCAUCCUCCCGGAAAGAAUGGAGCACCAGAAGAAUCCUGAUGUCCCAUCAUCUACACAAGAACUGAAAACAUCUACAGUGGACUCCACUCUUCAUCUAGAUUCAGAGAGCUGUUCCUCUGCACAGAGCACACCACUUGUACCUCCAACUAGGCCAAGGAGGCCCCAGAGAUCCCCCCGGGUAGAAGGAUCCACUGAGAUAUCACAGCCUGAUCUCCCAGAAUUGACCCAGGAGAAAGCCGACUCUUUUGUUCCCAACAAGGCCAGCCAACCAUCAGGUCCAGUGCAACAGCUUUAUGAUGACAGACCCCCUGCUUUGGCCGGACACGCUGCUGCAGCGAGGAGCCACAUGUCAAUGAGAGCAGCCUCGCUUCCUCAGGCACCGUCCUACAAACCACCACUGACAGAUCCCUCUGUUCACCCUCAGCGGGCACUCUCUGUAGCCGGGACAUCUGAUACAAAGCCUCACACGGAUGAUGAUUUCAGAGUGCACAUAAUCACAUGGAAUGUGGGCUCAGCCAUGCCCCCAGAUGACAUCACUUCCUUGUUGGGGCUGAACGUAGGCGAUGGAAAUACAGACAUGUAUAUCAUAGGAUUACAGGAAGUGAACUCUAUGAUCAAUAAACGGCUGAAGGACGUCCUUUUCACCGACCAGUGGAGUGAAGUCUGCAUGGACACUCUCAGCCGCUUUGGAUAUGUGUUGGUGACAUCCCAGAGAAUGCAGGGUGUACUUCUGCUGGUGUUUUCUAAGUAUUACCACCUGCCGAUGAUCAGAGGCAUACAGACUGAAAACACACGCACAGGGCUGGGGGGAAUCUGGGGAAAUAAGGGUGGAGUAAGUGCUCGGAUGAGCGUGCUCGGCCACGCAAUAUGCUUCCUGAACUGCCACCUGCCUGCACACAUGGAGAACUCAGAGAAGCGCAUGGAGGAUUUUGAGAGCAUCCUGCAGCAGCAACAGUUUGAAGGUCAAGCCGCUAUGGGAGUCCUGGAUCAUGAUGUUGUUUUCUGGUUCGGGGAUCUGAACUUCCGGAUUGAAGACUUGGAGAUGCAUGUGGUUAAAGCAGCUAUUGAUAAUAACAAACUUUCUAUGCUGUGGGAUAAAGACCAGUUAAACAUGGCCAAAGACACUGAGACUGUGCUGGAAGGAUUCCAGGAAGGACCUCUGAAAUUCCCUCCUACCUACAAGUUUGAUGUGGGAACGGACACGUACGAUACCAGUGGGAAAAAGCGUAAGCCUGCAUGGACUGAUCGCAUUCUGUGGCGUAUAAGGCCCAUGGCUCCAGCAAGCAGCACAUCUAAGCGUAGCUCGAUGUCCGGCCUCACCAGCGGCACUCGAGUUACACAGCAUUUCUACCGCAGUCACAUGGAGUACACUGUGAGCGACCACAAGCCCGUCUCCUCUAUCUUCACCCUGCAGUUCCCAUAUAAAGUGGACAUCCCAUUGGUGACCCUGAUUGUAGAAGAUGAAUGGAGGGAAGUGACUGAUGCUGUGGCCAAAUUUAAGGUGGCACCCAAUUACUCCAGAAGCUCCUGGGACUGGAUUGGACUUUAUAAGGUUGGAUUUAAACAUCAUAAAGACUACGUGGGUUACACUUGGGCUAAACAGGAGGAAUCUGAUUACCUGAGACAGGAGCAUCACGUUACCUUCACAGAGGAAGAGUUACCAAAGGAGGCUGGUGACUACAUUUUGGGUUACUAUAGCAACAAUAUGAACUCUGUUGUUGGGGUUACUGAGCCAUUCCAGAUUCAGUUGCCCUCAUCCAGCGCUGCUGGUCUCAGUCCCUCUGACAGCUCGGAUUUUACCUCUGAGGAUGAGGUAAAGAAGGGCAGCAGCAGCAGCAGCAGUAGCCGCAGUGCCACGCCUACUGGCCAAGAGGGAAACUCGCACAAACUGCGCUCCAGACACGACUCCUCCCAUUCUGCUUCCAGCUCAAAGGCCGGCAGCCCCGUUAAAACAAGCGACUCCUCAGAAGAUCGAGACUCACACUCAGGAAAAAACAGCAAAAAGCCACAAGUGCCCUAAAUGUGCUGGCAAACAGCACAGGAGCUGGAGGAUUCUGAAUUGUGCUUUUGCUGUGUCAUAAUGUUGUUCAGUGGAGUCUUCUACUUUAUGUGGCAGGACAGAGUUAGUGCUUUAGUAGUGCUCUCCUAGGAGUUAAGAUGGAAUUUAUGUCUACGUCACCUGGUUCAUAUUCACGCUAUAUGUUUUCUCUUCCCCCCGUUUUAAGCCACAUUCAGCUACAAACAAUUCUGGGACUUUUACAAAGAGCAAAGCACAAUAGUUCAACGAAAAAUGUAACUGUUUUCCAAUGUAUAAUUCUUUGUAUACUCACUCAGCACACACUGCUGCAGUGUUUGUUGAGGGCAUCACAGUCUUUCAUAAGUCUCUGUAGAAUUGCCCGGUUUUUAUGUUUUCAUUUUUUUUUUGUUUAUUUUUUUUUUUGCUGAUAACAAAGCGUUUCUAUUUUUUAUAACUAAACUGUCAGGACUCAUUUGUUUCUUGUAAAUUUACUGUCAGUGUAGUGACCUGCUCCUUCAUCAGCUAAGCAUCCUAUCUAAGCAUCAGCAGUAUGUGAGGACAAAUUCAGUCCAGAUUGAUUUCCAUUCUAACCUCCAUGUAAAGAUAUCAGCUCAUGAUCCUGUGAAAUGUUUUACAGCUCCUUCUGUGCACUCAGAGACUCUGCUAUGUGAAUUCCCAAUCAUGUAAUUCAACCCUUGUAAACUUACAGCUUGGUGGUUAUGUCUUCUUGUCAUUACAGAAAGAAACUCUUAGCUCAUAUUCUUCUGCUUCUCUUCCAAUCCAAUGCUAAAUUGAUUUAAAGGGGGAAAAAACACAAAUGCAUUGGCAAGAGCAAAUUCAUACUUUGUGAAUAAAUCGUACAACAAUAUUUAAGCUAAUAUAGUUAGAUGUGUGGAAGAAUGUCAUCUAAACGUUCUUGUGCCCGGUUAGAUUUGAUCUGAAGUCUCACACAGUACAUCAUCACUGCUGUAACCAUACUGUAACUGUGGGGAUUCUGUGAUCUGUUUCGUCUGGUAAUUUCUAGGAUUUGUCCUGUGUGGUGAAGAUCUCUCUCUCUCUCUUUCUCUCUCCCUCCCUCCCUCCCUCUUAUUAGCAGUUCACAGUGCAGUGCAGUUCUCAGUAGCUGUAGUCCAGUAGCUGGUCAAUCUCAGUGCACCGUUUAGGACCAGGAGUUCUCUUGGUGUACUCACAGUGUACUAUGUAAGUGUAAGGGUGUGUGUAUCUGUGUGUUUAUGUGUGUGACUGAACAUCACGCACAACAUAUUGUGCUGUCGAAUUCCUUUUAAAAGUGCAGACAUGUGAAACAGCAAAAUUCAAACACGACCCUUAAACUUUGAUAGAAGGAAGAAGAUCUAAGUGUUUUAUGCUUUUUUAAAUUAAUUAGUUUAUUUUUUAUUUUAUUUGAAGUACUGUUGAAAUAGAUUUGAAGCAACAACGCAACAAGAGUGAUGCGCUCUUUACACUCACAUUGCACACAUACAGUGAUUUUUAUCUCUAACGAGUCUCCAGUCUCUGUACUAUAAAGUCAUCAGUAGCUGUUCCUACUAUUGGUUGCCAUAGUAACAGUGUCACAUCCCUGGACACAAACUGUGUAGUAUACUGUAUCUGGUCACUGUUGCUGGAUAUUGCAACUUUCAUUGGGCUUGAACUUGUGGCUUUGUCACUACAAUUCUGUAUGUGUGAACGUAGCAAAUGCCUUUAUUUUGUCCCCUACUGGAAUAAGACUAACGUUUUUCUAGAAUUUUUAAUUCAGGUGGUUUUCACACUGGUCACGUUUCUGUACUUCACACCCAAAACUCCAAAGUGUAAUUGUUCCUUGAUUUAAAAAUCUAAAUACAGAGAGCUGGAUUUCACCGUCUCCGGCUCAAAUCCCAGCCUGUGUGUUGUUUUAGUUAAAAGUAGUAGUGGCAGUUGUACGGUCACGGUGCUUAUCAGAUUUACUCAGAGUUCAAAUCAUAUUUGUAGCUUUUUACAACUUUUACUCCUCCUGAGAGUCACAGCAAAACAUUUUGGGCUAGAAAUCUGUUUUAAUGAAGGACAUACUGUAAAACAAACAAUGCUGCUGUAAUAUUUCUGAGGAAAACAGGAUAUUUUUAGAUACAGGCUGGAAUUACUGAAUUAUUAUAAGCUAAGUUGUUUUAAAUAUACAACCAUGCUUCUAAAAUAUUUAUUCUUUUUUUCUUUCUUUUGAAGACAAAUUGAAGCUCUUAGGGUCUAGAGGUUACUUCAGUCUUCAGUUUGAGGUUUGAGAGCUGUGGAUGUGGUAAGGUUUAAAGGAUAACAGUUAAGGUUUCAAUCUUCUCCGUGUCUGCAGAACAGCUGCCAGUCACUCAUUCAGUCUCAAUGGAAAUUGUUGAUGUUUAUGGAUAGAAUUGACAAUCAUUGCCAAAAAAAAAAACAAUGUGUUUAUAUAACGUGGUAUUGUACGUAUAAGUGUCUUAAUUUAUAUUUUUAUGCUGUUAUAUGUACCAUAUGCAGAAUUUCCUUCUGCUGGCCAGUGUCAUGAAGGCAUUAUAAAUACACAGGUUUUAAUUUAAUUUUUAAAAAAGUUUCAUUUGUGGGUGAGUUAGAUGAAAAUAUUUUGUUUAAAUUUUGCACUGUUGAAAAUGAAUUCAGUUCUAAUUUCUGAGUUUCACUUUUUUUCAUAUGACUCACCUGUGUGUUUCUUUCUUUUUUAAUAUAGAAUUAUAUAUCUUGCCUAAUGUAUUUUAUUGAAUCAUAUCUGAUUUAUUAUGUAAUUUAUUAUACAAUUUUAUUGAAGGUGUAUAAUUUAAGAGAUUGUACUUUAUAGAUUCAUAUAUUUAGUUGAUGAAGGUUCAUUUGUGAUGGAAGCCGUUUGGCCGAUGUUGUCCAACACUUGUGUCCAUAAGAAAAUAAAUCCUUGUCAACGUGAA